CUACGUUGUAGCUGACUGACUGACAUUCGAAGAAAGUUCAAAAACCAAGAUCAAACCGUUUACGUCUGGAGUUCCGUUUUUCGCACCGAGUAGUGAAUUACUGGAAUUCUCUACUAGAACACGUAAUAUCAGCACCGUCUGUUAAUAUAUUCAAAACGAGAUUGUGCCUCCACAGUAUUAAAACUGCAAGGAUUAAUAUAGGUCGAUAGACCUUCUAUCCUUAUUACUGAAGACUGAAGAUUAGAACGCCUUACCCAAACAAGGAGAAACUGAACCUUCACUGGAAGGUAGUCUGCUAGGAUUAACACAGAUUCACCAACCUACUAUCCUUAUUACUUAAGACUGAACUUAGUUUACAUAGUGUAACAUGUGAGUACUUUAUAUAAGUAUUUUUAUUAGCAUUGACGUAUGGAUAGUUUGAAGUAGAAAACCUAGUGACUACUAACACAUGAAAUUUUUGAUAUAGACGAAGAGUAAGUGUAAAUAAAGUGCUCUCAGUACGUUAAUGGACACUUUACUUAGUGUGCUAAAUCCGUACUACUUUAAGGCGACACUGAGAAUCGUUUUUACUAAACAAUGUGAUAACGGAUUUCCUGUGAAUAUUACGCGUGUCUGCAACCAAAUACUGGCUCACAAUUCAUCGUACGAAGUGUAUAACAGGACGUUUGUUACAUUGUCAGACAUGUGUAAAAUAAUGACUAAGAAAAACUAAGAGUGGGGUUCUCUUACUACACAUAAUUGUAUCGAAAUCUGAGAGCGCACUAGUGUCUCGGUUUGUCUUUGCUUAAUCACCUGAAAAUAUAUACAUACAGAUAGGAAACUGAUACUUAUUAUUUACUGUCACUGAAACCACUAUUAAGACCUCAAAUUCAUUCGCCUUAGUCGAAUUCGUAUUUAUUAUGAAAUGACAAAAUCAGCAUCCCCGAGGUGUGUUCAGUGAAUAAUAAAUACUAUCAACACAUUAAAAGUCAUGUUCGAGGUACUACUGCCGUUGAUAGUUGGAUUGAUAUGGGGAAGUACUAAUAUCUGUAUGAAGUAUAACUCUAACAAAAUGCUCAAACUUUUGGCGUUCUUUUUCUUGAAUCAAUUCGCCUCUAUCUUGUUGAUGUUUGGAUUCGGAUAUACACGAUUGUCAAGAGGUGUAGCGAUAGCAAACUCAACAGCUUUACUAGCGUCAGCACUUACAAGCUCAUGUGUUUACCAUGAAAAAAUGAAAUUUAGCGGGUCUGUUGGAGUUGUGCUCAUAUGUGUUGGAACUGGUCUACUCAACAGCUGAUGAGUAUGAUAAAAUAAAUUUUGUGACACAUUUUCGGAAAGUGAAAAUUACCUAUACACAAUUUCAAGCUAUAAUGACAGUUGAAAUAUACAGUUUGAAAAUAAGUGUAAGUCGUCAAAUUAACCACUGUAGUGUUGCCGUCCAUUAAAGUUACCAAAAAAGAAUUCCAGAGUAGAUAUGUGGUUAAAAAAAGAAGUAAACCAUUGUAAUCGCACGACUGCUGUCGCACAAAUGAAUCCGAGUCCCAUUAUCGUAACCAGCCAUGAUAGAAGUAGGCAAACAGCAUUUGAUUCAAAUGAAAAUUGAGGUGCAUUCUCAUAGUCCGAAGGAAGGACGCGUAGUGGCACACGAGGUAAGAGACCUGUAAAAUAACACAUUGAAAAUAAUGCCGAGAACCAGUGUAUACAAAUGGAUACUUGCUGAAAACCUUGUACUCCAAAUACAAAUUGUGUUGUGUUUCUUGUAGCUUCACAUUCGUAUCAAGUUAAUGAGAACCCGAGGUUUCAGUUUUGUUUUCCCCCUAAUGUCCUUGUACGGAUGAGUGUGGGGGAAGUCUAUCUCUUCCAUCGGAAUGCUGUCAUAUGACCACAGGUUUAUAGUCAUUGCAGAAGCGCAACUUACUGCUUUCUUGUCUACGAAAGUGAGAGAACCAGUAGUGAAUGUCGGACGCCUAGACUACGUAGGUGGCUCCGGGGAUUCACCCAGGGGAAGUCGGGAAACCCUAGUUGCAAACGAAUGGUAGGUAUGGGGUUCCAUGGUCCUAGAACAUCGAACGUUGUAUCAAUCCACUUUUGCCACUGGUUACCACAGGACUGUAUUUCUGGACGUUCAUCGACUACCUUGUGGACUUGACGCUCUAGUCAACAGCUCAAUGAAUGGCUACUAAGAACACAACUGUUAUAAUUUCUAUUAAUGCUUAGUAUUCUUGGACACUACUUCACUCGAAAAGUCUCAAGUCAGAACACGAUUGAACAGGAACGUGAUUAUAUUCCAAUUGAAAGGGUUGAACGGAGGUAGGGAUCACAAUAAGAAAAACGUUAGUAAUUUAUAAGUUUUACAUAGGAAAAUUCUAGAGUCUUCUCCAGGACUCUGCUAGCGCUGAUUGGUUAAAAAAUAGCCAAUGAGCGUGCCCCAACACAAUCUUGCACGGGGCAUGCCCAACGCGUAUGCUUGGAAAGUCUUGAAAUCAAUUACUGCUCUAUAUAUGACACAUUUUCCAGACUAGUGGGGUACUACAUACUCGCUCGGUCUUUCAAUUCGUAAAAGUUGUUUUGUGUGCAUUUCCUCGGGGAUCAUAUGGCAUCUUUUUCCAGUUCUGUUGGUGUCGUACUAGGCACCAGCGCUGACCGAUAGCCAGUUAUUUGCCGUUAGGUUAGAAAGGUUCAAGAAACUUCGGGGGAGUCGGUGUAACACACGGUACCUUUGCGUCGUUUCUGCCCAAACCCCGACAGAUUACAACCCAGACGCAAUUAAAAAUGGGUUCUACCAUCGGCUAAAUAGUCUCUAGAAAACACGUUCGACAGAUAUGGCAGUGCUUGCCGGUUUGAAUGCGCAGAUCGAAAAACUAGCUGUCACCUGCAGCUUUGCGUAGUCAGAACUAUAUUUCUAGCCACUGACAAAUUUCAGCAUCCGACGCCUUUACGGUGUGAGUAUGGAGUGCCACAUUUCUCGCUUUUAGGUACUGAAUUUAUACAUAUUGCCUAGAACUCCUUAAGAAAUGUUAGGCUGCACUGGCUAAACGCUAGUUUGACAAGAAACACAAAUCCUAAACUAAGGAAAGUGUACAAAGUUUUGCGUAAGGACAAACAAGGCAAUUCAAUUUACAAAAGUACGACCGGGAAUUUUUCAAUCCUAGAUGUGCCGCACAAAUUUCUGAAGAAUAUAGAAGCAAACUACAGCAGGGCUACCACUGGCUUGUGUUUUAAGCGAUGCCUGGUAGCCUUGAGUCACUGAGUAGCAUCACGUCCAAGACCCUAGCCAGGAUGUUUUGAUGGACCGACAGAUGUCAGUUCCAUACGACUUCAUGCAUAGCAUGGCACCACAUCGUAAACUGACUAGGUUUGACCUCCUAACCAGUUCAAGCGUCAGUAAUUGACGCAUAAUUUGAAAGCUGUUGAAGCGGCGUCCGUUUCACAAGUCCAAGCCACUGAGAACGGUGUUUCAGGAUGGUGGCAUUAAUCAGGUCAUCUUAACUGACUCCCUAGCACGCAUUACUGAACCUGGUGUUGCCACUGGAUAUUAGUAGUCUUUCGGAGACAACGGUAUUUGAAAACAAAUAUACGUGGCCCAGAGUACUGAGGAAUUAAACAGAACUCUCCUCAAAAACACAUGAACUCAGACUUUGACAGUCAGACAAACAUCACGGCGGUGAAAAGAAUAGACCAGCUUGGCAUAAACUCCUCUAGCACUCACUAUACGUUAAAUAAUGUCAUAACACACCAACACUGAGACAGCGACUCAGACACACUAGUACAGCACAGAUUCCUACCAAUACUACAGUAGUGUUUACAAUUUGUGUCAUGCCUACAAGCACCUAAUGAGAACUGAUGAUUUGCGUAGCUUGCGUGUCAUCCCGCAGUAGGAAAAUAUUGCCUAAGAUCGAAGUCUUUCUCUAGAUGACAGACCCAUACCGCCAUGUGCUUCGGAACCGUCAACAAAAAAGUUAAAGAGGAACGAUGAGUUUUGGUAACCGCAUAUAACUCUACUGCUAAACUGGAGUGAUGGUGCGAAGUUGUAUUCCCUUACUCUGCUCGAUGUGUUUGUGUACAAACCUUCAAGAUUUUGCUAAGAUUCUUAGACACUUCUGAAGUUUCAGGGUACAGUCCUGCCCAACUAGUCAGAGACGGUCCUAAUAUCAUGAAAAAAUGAUUUGGCUUAAGGUAAACAUGGCGCUUCUCUAACAUUUGCGGGGGUAUAUAUGGUCAGUCCCCCAUACCAGUUAGAAGCCUCCCUGCGAGCUUUGGGUGGUGCAAACAGUGUGACAGGAUAGUAAUCUGGACACAGUUAAAAAAAGACGUGUCCCUUGAUAUUUGUUGCAUAGAUGAUGUAGGCACUUUUCAAGCAAAAAGAUGACGACCUCUUCAUUUCAUUAUGUUAGAGCACAUUGCUUUAUAAACAACCCAGUCCCCUGACCAGAAGUUUGUCACAAUCCUUAAAGAGGGUCUGGUGGCACUUUGGUUGUCGGAUUUCCGCGUGGAGCUCCCUAUUGUUGAGUGGACUCGCUGUCACCGCCUAGGGAGGAAAGGGUAGUCCGAUCGACGUUCGUGGGGUAACAGGCUAGCUGUACUGUCCUUUGUGAAACUAUAAUCCAGGACUUCAUUAGAGGUUAUUAACUGACUUUCCAUCAGAUUAACAGACUGUCUCACUCAUAACAGACUUCUAUAUGUCAGUGGUUCAAAUGAGUUAAAUUAGCUUCCAGCAGCCGCUGUUUUUAACUCGAAAUUACGCUCCGACCAUUAGGUUUCAUUAAAUGUCAUUUUAAUAUUUCUGUGGUUGGACUAUGUGUGUUCGGGAAUAGUGAUGAAAAUGCAGUCAGUGUUACCAUCUUGACACAAUGUUUUUAGUAGCAUGAACAUAGUUUACCGAUACCAUCGUAGCAACCUACAUGUAGUGCAGUAAUCGCGGGCUCUAGGUGAAGAAAGUGGUUUGAAAGAAAACUGUAUGGGACUGGCGUCUAUCGGUCUGUUACAACUUUCUAACUGGGGUCCUAGAAAGGGUGCAACUAACUGGCGUGAGACUCUGUCAGAUAUGGCUCAGAACACAAACCAGUGGCGACUCUGAUGUAGUAUGCUCCCAAUUCUCCGCCAAAGGUAAGAAGUUCAAUGGAUUGGCAGAAUUAUUCCUGGUUUUAUUUCAACUGAACUAUUUCUCCAAUUGACAGAUAAUUCCCAUUUAAACAUUAGAAAUUAAAAACACGAAGUUCAGCGAAGGGAUCUCUUUUCAGAGAAUUUAUUAUCAAGCUGUACAAUCGUAUAUAUGAACACCUAAUCGACUGUAAUCAUUCUACGGAUCCACAGUUUGAUUUUAACGUUGUUUAUAUAAUUCGUUCAAAUCUACCUAGAUUUUUUCGUAUUCAACUCUUAAAAAUAACCGAAGCUCUUACCAUCCAGCUUAAACUAGAACUAUGCGUACAAAAGAAGUACGUCUUACCGUUAUCGUUACAUUGGCCUUAAUUAACUUAUUAUUAUUAUUAUUACUGCAUUCCCCUUUACUUAUGUUUUAUAUUCUCAUUAUUUUAUCCAUAAGUACUCAUCAUGUCACCCUGUUUAUUUUUACACCUCUAUGACUUUUAAUGACCUUUAAUUAUUGUAACAAAAACAUUUUAAUCAUUUUAGUCAUCUUAUUAUAUUCACUAAGUCUAUUGUUAUUAUUCGUAUUACGUAAUCUAGUAUUAUAACCUUUCUAUUACGUCAUCUUGUUUAUUCGUGUUCACAUUUCCUCACGGAAUUAGUACUUUAACAGAAAAAUUUUGUAUGUAUACGACUGUAUAGCUUGAUAAUAAAUUCGCUGAAAAGAGAUCUCUUCGCUGAACUUCGUGUUUUUAACUGAACUAUUUCUCCCAUUAUACACUAUUUUGGUUUGUUUGUUUUUAUCCAUUUAGCUGUUUUUGAUUUUAAUCUUUCUUUAAUCUAUUGACAAUUUUACUUUCGUGUUUGUAUGACGCAUAUCUACUUUCGAGCCCAUUUGUGCUAGUAAGUGUAUCAAGUACAUAAAUUCUUAAUUGUUUACUGUAAUAAAUGUACUAAACUGUCUUACAAAAUUACAUACUGUCUCACUUUCUCACUUUGGUUGCA